AUGACGAAACCGGGCCUCUGUGAUAGCAAAGGUGGAGGUGUCUCUGAACAAGGGGGCAUCGAUACUCAUAGUAUUCAGGUUCGGUUUAACAUCAACGAAAAGGAAGAGGACCUUCGUACUGAACGUGGAAUCGAAGCUCGGCGGGAAAGGAAAGAGAACAAGAAGAUGGCUGAACAGAAUCGCGAGGGCCGCAUCAGGACGACCUUGUCGAUUAUUCGAAGCGGCGCUCGUUCAGCAAAUCUUCUGAGGCUGUGCCGUGCAGAACGCCGCGUUGGAGUUCAACUCAAUUUGUUUCUCGAUGAGUUUUUGGGGCAGGACAACCGGGAUAUGAGACCACGGUUGGCUGCCUUUCGCGCCUUACCAGAGAACCGGUCUACAAGCCUUACGAGACAGAUGGAAAAUUCUCUCAUUGCGUUGCAAGGGGAGCCUUCUUUCUCCUCGACAUUUUCUGCUUAUCUCCCAUCUGCUGUUCUGACCUCUGAAGAUUCGGACGAGCAGAAUUCCCCUCAAGCAAAGCGCCUCAGGAGAAGGCGUCGCCGUCGGGACCGCCAACAAAAGCGACAAGAUGAAGAGAACCGACGAAUUGCCGCUCCGGAAUUUAAAUUCCUGCGGUUUUUCCUACAAGUACCAACCAAAAAUGUAACUCCAAUGGAUCGUUAG